AUGGACAUCCGCGGAAAUCAUGUGCUGGCAGAAUUGUUGGCAUGGGGCGCUAUGUCAGACGAACAAGUGGAGAAGGAUAUGAAAUCGAUGAUGGCAAUAGAGCAAGCGUGCAUCAAACAAGAAUCUUUGGAAGAACAACAAAUGCGUCCACCUUCUCCAUUUCCACCCCAACCAAUCACCACACCAUUGUUUGAUCGACCACUGCCAACAGAAAUUGUCAUACAAAUCCUUGCCAAGUUGUCAUUCCGAUCACUGAUACGUUGCCAGCUACUCAAUAAUACAUGGCGCACCAUCAUCUUAUCUACACCAGAGCUCUGGAGAAACAUAUCUUUUCCAUCAAUCAAAGAGAAGAAUGGCUCAACCAUCACCAGCAGCAGCAGCAUUCACGAUAACGUUUACAUUUACUACUUGAAUCGAUAUCUCAAUAAUGCACGUCGGCGAUUACAUAGUUUGAAACUCCAAUCCACAGCUAUGAUUGCAGCUAUACUUGAGAGCAAACAAGUUGUUGGUGCCCUUGAUGUAUCUGAAUCCUAUAUUCCUCAGACUUUGCUAGCAAGGAUGCAAUUGGGAAUAGCAAGUAUGCAUGUGCACACGCUUCACAUCGAUCAUAGCAACAUCUCUGUGGAAGAUAUCAUUAUGAUUGCAUGCAACGUCCCCACGCUUCGGAUCAUCAGUGCUAAGGGUUGCUGCUUUGCCUCCGAUUUCUAUAAUCCUGAUACACUCACGCCUUCUUUGCAACAAGCCCAUGACCUCGUACUUUUGACCAAAAAGAAUGGUACAACCACCACCACCACGACGCAAUCACGUUUGUCUUAUCUCGAUAUCUCAGCAAUGCGACGUUCAUCGAUUCAUGCUCUUGUUUGGAUUUUAUAUCGCUGUCCUCGGCUUUGCGAUUUGAUUGCCUAUGAUUGUGGCAUUGUCUUAUCAACAUUCUUCCGUGCGUGCCUUUUGUAUUGCCCAACAUUGUCAUUUCUUGGUUACAGCCCCGCUGAUCAACAUUGUAUGUGGCCAUGGCAACAGCACAGCACGAUCCCUUACUGCGAUACCCGUCUCGUGACACAACAAGAAACAAGCAAGAUUAAAUCGAUCACAUUAUCCAACACGCGCAUUCAUCCAAAGUUGGUCACUUUUAUCUUGGAUCAUUGCAUGGAGACUCUUGAAACAUUACGCAUUGAUCAAUGUUGGCUUAUGCAAUCCAAUGUUGUUUUGUGUUUGGCAAGCAUGAACCCACCUCAUCUGAGGCACGUGACAAUCAGCAAUAGUACUUCUUUUGUGGAUGCGGAAUCAAUCAUAGCACUAAUCAAGACAUGCCGCGGCCUAGAAAGCAUCACCUUUCUCAAUGAUCGAAAUGCUGUAAAUGACAAGGUCGUGUUCGCACUCAUGAUGAAUAGCCCCCCACAACUACGACGGCUUGAUCUCAGAGGAUGUGUCCUUAUCUCCAACCAUGCUAAGUCACUCUUACGCAACUUUGUACACAACACACGCACUUUAUCCCUACGCUUGUGA